GAGGCAGUGUGGAGCGAUUCCAGUUACUAGCAUCCUUUUCCACGCCUGUGUGAGUUUCAGUCUUUGUUGAAGCACUGUCUCUCUUCAGCUAACCAUGCAGCCUCCUGUAUAACACUUUAUGCAAUGAGGGUGCUGCGCCCCUGCCCUUCAUGCAGCCUGCUUCGGGGGAUUGUGGCUUUACUGGCUAUCUGUAUCCAGCCUCCAACACAAGGAUGGAGUCAACAGGGUCACACGGAAGAGGAUGUCUUUUUGUUUCCUAUUAACACUUCCACUAAAUCUUUGGCCAACCUGGAGUUUGAUUUACAAACUGUCAAAAGGAACUCUGCUGAGGAGAGUGUAGAUGGACUGACAGAAAGCCAGGCAGGGCACACCAAGAGUCUGCCGUCUUCCUCCCCUCCUUUGUCAUCUAGCAACACAAGGGAUAACAGCAGAGACACUUUGAUUCUGUCUCCUCACCCACAUCAAGAGUUCCAUGCCUCCCAACCUCAGCAGCAAGGGUCGACUCACUGCAAUAUCAGUGUGCAGAGGCUGAUGCUCACCUCUCUGCUAGUUCGCUGGGGUCGUCAGCUGGGCUUCCAGUGUGACCUGUUGCUCUUUUCUACAAAUAACCAUGGCAGAGCCUUUUUCUCAGCUGCCUACAACCGUGUUGUGUCUCCAGUUGUCAUUGAGCAUCUGGGUGUUUCUGGGGCCCAGCAGGAAUUUCGCCUCUGUAUAGGGUGUGGAUGGUCAAGGACCAGAAGGAGUGGUCACCUCAGGCACCAACAUACAUCUUCUGCUGCAUCUUCAACUUUUUCUUUUAUUUCCUCCUCCUCCUCAACAGACCCUCAUAACCCAUUACAAGGAGAAUCAUUAAAUUUCUGCUGCUUGGAUUUCAGCCUAGAGGAGCUGAGAGGGGAACAGGGCUGGCGAAUGAAUCGGAAGCCCAUUGAAUCCACUUUGGUGGCUUGUUUCAUGACUCUGGUUAUCAUUGUCUGGAGUGUUGCUGCCCUCAUCUGGCCAGUGCCUAUUAUUGCAGGAUACUUGCCUAAUGGUAUGGAACAGAGAAGAACAAGUAGCAAAUAGCAUUUACAUAUUUACAUAACAUAUUAAAGCAAAUACAGUAGUGUUGUGUACUGUGUGUAAAAACUGCCCCCUUCUCGGUCAGUUUUAUUUUAUCAGAAGAAAUUAACUAUUCAUUUUCUUUAUGAAAAAUAUUACAUACCAAGAAAUGUGUAUAUUUUGUUUAUAGGUGUAAUUAUAACAUUUUGUAGGCUAAUACAGUCAUAUGAUUGUAAAACUCUAGAAUACACAUAUCUGUCCCAAGCUAAACAGUUAUUUAACAAAUACUGAAGAGUGUACUUGCAUUACUUAUUAUAAACUUUUACUUGUAUUACUUUUUUUUUUUACCUUUUACUUAUUAUAAACUGGUACUUGUAUGACUUAUUAUAAACUUUUGUCGCCAACCCAGGGCAACAUUUGGUACAUGAAUGUUUUUUUAGCAGGAGGUGGGUUCAUGAAUACCACUCUGACUAAUCAGAGGAACAAUGUUAUACCCCUUUUCCACUAGCUCAAAAAACACGGGUAAAUGCACGGGGGCGCGCAUUUACCCGUGGUUUUUGCUAGUGGAAAAGGGUCAACCCGGAUCAAGUGAUCCGGGAAUCCUUUACGGGUAGCUUACCGGGUUGAACACGAGUUCAACCCGGUAAGCUGUGCAGUGUAAACGGAAGCCGAGUCGAUGCGACACGGCUCCAGUUCACAAUCUAUAGAGGGGCGGCGCUGGGAGAUCAUGUGAUCUCCCAGCGCCGCCCCUUCCGCAUCGCCAGCAGCAUCACCAACCCGGCAAUAUGCCGGGUUGGUGAGUGCAGUGGGAAAGGGGCUGAGCACGGGCCGCAGCAGGGUAGCACCCGUGUCAGGCUCCCGGCUGCGACCCGUGAUUUAGAGGUGGAAAAGGGGUAAUAGUAUACCAAAUAUUAACUCAAUUUUAGCAUUGUAAAUUUAGGGUUGGCUGGCCAACAGGGUACAGAGGAAACCCAAGGUGGGCCCCUCUGCCUGGGGGGGGCCUGCCUUCUCUUCUAGGGAUCAGGUUCCACACUGCACUUGAGUUAUAUAGUACUGCACAGGACUAUGGUAUUUUUUCUACAGUGCAUUGCUGCUCUUAAUCUGGCACAUUAUCAUGCAUAUCCUAGCAGUUUUUACUAUAUAUAUUUAUCAAGAGGCCCAGAUCAUGCACUCUCUAAUGGUUACCUAAGCCUCUGUGGAGACUGGCCACACCCCUAAGCAUUAGCCCCCUACCACUGCAUCCCCCGUGGGCCCUUUAUGCCCCCUUCAGACACUGAUAAACUACACAUAAUAUUAGAGUUUAAGUUUUCUCUUUCAACCCCUGUCAAGGCACAGGAGCUUUUACAUAUACACUUUUGAAUGUAGGAAAGGAUUAGCAUUUAAUUAAGCAUUUAUGCAUACACUGUAGCUAGAGUUUGUAAAUACACGACAUGGAUAUCUUAUUUUGAGGCAGAAGUGGAAUCCCUUGCAUUGGGCAGUAAUAUAGAUAAUACAUAUGCUCGAUGGAUCUGUGUCCUACCUGGUAUGGUAACGGGGCAAACAUUACCUUUUGCCCAUACACAUUGAGGUUUGCAGGCUGUAACAAUAUUCAGUAACAUACAGCCUACUAAAUCACUAGAGAAUUGUUAGGCAUACUAUAUUAUCAUCUCUGCCUACAAAGUUUCAAUGAUACAAAGUCGUCUGGUACCCUAUAAAUACACUGAAACGAAACAAUCAUUUUCAUACAGAAACACUGAUGAUUUUAUUUGUUGAUCAACAAUUCAUAUUAAGUUACAUAGGAAAACAGGGUAAAAUAGGUCAUAUGUGAUAAUUUAUCAGACUUCAGCAGCUUAAAUGUCUUCUCUGUUUCCAAACUGCAUUUACACUUGGAAAUCCGUGAACUAUAUCACAUCUUGUGUUUUAUUUUUAAACUGCAGUAAGAUUUCACAGGAUGCUUUAGUAACAAGAAGAGUUUCAUGAAGAAGCAGCUGCUGGAAUUCUCCAUAUAAUGUGUGAGCUGGUAAUUCUUUUUCAUGUAAUGGGAAGAAAAAGGUAUAACUGUGAAAACUGUUACAGAAAACGAACUUUGUAUAAUAAAUAAAAACCCAUUUCACAAUU